AUGGCUCUUUCAAGAUUGGAAACUUUACUUCCAUUGCAUUGGGCAAUUUUCUCAACCGGAUCGAAGGCAAAUUAUGACAUGAAGCAUAUCGGCACCGAUGGGGUGGGAUUAGAAGUCUUUGGAGGCACAGGGGUGGCACACAUGGAAAAGAACUGGGGCGCAUCAUUUCCAACUGGCUGGACAUGGUGUCAAGCAUUUGGUGCAUCCUCGCACGAUCCCAUGCAGACAUUCGGUGACCAUCGAGACAAUGCAACAAGAGAUUGUGUUGCCAUUGUGGGUGGUGUCCUCGCUUUGGGUCAAAAGGCAUAUCUCAUCCAUUACAAGGAUUCAGGCGACGCCUGGCACCCUCGUCAUGAGCGUUCGACACAUCCUUAUUCAGCGAAGGAUCAUGAAAGUACUGAAAAUUCUGAUCCUAAUGACAAGCAGCAUAUCAACUGGACCUUCUGCCCAUUAUGGACUCUCAUUCUAGCACUCCUGUAUCCUGCUGGUAUCCCACGAUUCAAGAUAUCGCGGAAGAAUCUAGUGGAAAAAAAUCCCUCAUUGUCCAAUACCUUUGACUCCUCUGCUGGCUGUGGGUCAACCGCCGUUAGCACAUUGACGUUUAAUUUUUCCAUCCUCGGCCUCCCUGCGCUAUCCCUCAUGAUCCCUUAUGCCGUUAUCCAGAUUCGGACGGUUGCAGCUUACCGCCGCGACCCUUAA